GAGCAGGCAGGCUGAAUGCUCGGAUGUGGCGAGCGGAGCUCAAAUCCGUGCGCAACUGGAUGAAAAAGGGAAAAGUGGGGUCCGGAUGGAGCUUUAAAUGAGAGGAAUAUUACAUUCUGGGUGUUUUCUCUUAAAUGGAUUACCAAAGGGAUAUGACAAACAGUCGGAUUGGUCCAUUCAUGAGUGAAUUCGGAUACUUAAGGUAACAUCUCCACUAGUGUGAAACAGGAAGUGUCGUCUGUGAGCAGCCAUGGGCCAGAGAGCUGUGCUUCUGCUCAGUGAGCUGCUGCUGCUGCUGCUGACAGCCUCACGCACUCUCCUCGCAGUCAGCUUCCCAGAGGACAACGAACCCCUCGAUGUCGUUGACGCACACUUUUCACGGAGGUACCCUGUGUUCAGAGGCCGGCCCUCUGGCAACGAGUCACAGCAUCGCCUCGACUUUCAGCUUAUGACCAAGAUACAGGACACACUGUUCAUCGCUGGCAGAGAUCAGGUGUACCUCGUCAGUCUGAGAGAAUCCUACAGGAAUGAGAUCAUCCCAUACCGGAAGCUAACAUGGAGAUCGAGCCAAAUCGACAGAGACAAGUGUGCUGUCAGGGGAAAACACAGAGAGGAGUGCCACAACUUCAUCAAAGUGCUGGUCCCCAGAAACGAUGACCUGGUGUUUAUCUGUGGUACCAACGGCUUCAACCCCAUGUGCAGAUACUACAGGCUGGAUAACCUCGAGUUUGACGGGGAGGAGAUCAAUGGAUUGGCACGGUGCCCAUUUGACUCCAAGCAAACCAACGUAGCCCUAUUCGCUGAGGGGAAGCUGUAUUCUGCAACUGUAGCCGACUUCCAGGCCAGUGAUUCUGUCAUCUAUCGCAGUAUGGGUGAUGGAUCGGCCUUGAGAACCAUCAAAUACGACUCCAAAUGGCUGAAAGAACCUCAUUUCCUGCACGCAGCGGAGUACGGGAAUUAUGUGUACUUUUUCUACCGAGAGAUUGCAGUGGAGCACAGCAAUCUGGGCAAGGUUGUGUAUUCCCGUGUGGCCCGGAUCUGUAAGAACGACUACGGCGGCUCGCAGCGGGUGCUGGAGAAGCACUGGACAUCUUUUGUGAAGGCGAGGCUGAACUGCUCCGUGCCGGGAGACUCCUUCUUCUACUUUGAUGUGCUUCAGUCCAUCACUGACAUCAUCGACAUCAAUGGCGUUCCCUCUGUUGUUGGUGUGUUCACCACGCAGAUGAACAGCAUCCCAGGGUCAGCAGUGUGUGCCUUCUCCAUGGCUGACAUCGAGAAAGUAUUCUGGGGUCGCUUCAAAGAACAGAAGACGCCAGACUCUGUGUGGACUCCAUUUCCAGAGGAAAAGUUGCCCAAACCACGACCCGGGUGCUGUGCAGGUCACGGUCCAGCUGCGUCCUUUAAGAGCUCUGUUGAGUUCCCGGACGAUACCCUGCAGUUCAUCAAGUCCCACCCUCUCAUGGACACAGCCGUGCCUUCUAUUGGAGAUGAGCCGUGGUUCACAAAGACACGUGUCAGGUACAGGCUGACAGCGCUGGCUGUGGACAAUGAAGCAGGACCUCACAAGAACCACACCGUGGUGUUCAUCGGGGCUGAGUCAGGCGUCGUCCUCAAGGUUCUGGCCAAGACCUCCUCUUCGUCCCUGAAUGACAGCCUGCUUCUGGAGGAGAUAGAUGUCUUCAACAGGGCCAAGUGCCUGUCUAACCGUGAGUCUGACAAGCGUGUCCUCUCGCUGCACGUGGACAAAGACGCACACAGCUUGUAUGUCGCCUUUUCAAGCUGUGUCAUCCGUAUUCCCCUGAGCCGCUGUGAAAGGCAUUCUUCCUGCCACAAGUCUUGUAUUGCAUCAAGGGAUCCUUACUGCGGCUGGAGGCCUCACGGAGCCUGUGAGAGGAUUCAGCCUGGUGUUUUGACUGGUUAUGAGCAGGAUGUUGAGUCUGGAAACACUGCACACCUUGGAGACUGUCAUGCAUUUUUGGGCACUACAUCAGCGCCAGAUUACAAAUCAUUUGGCGACCCUACCUCUGACAUGGAGUUUUCAUCAUCGCCAGUCACUGUCCACCCCAGUGGGCCCAUACACCCCCCAGUACUCAUACCCACUCAGAGCCCCAGCUCUGAGCCUGGUCCAGAGCUCUACGGCUCAGGCUUUGUGCUGCAGGAUGACCCAGCCACCUCCCAUUCUUUAGACUCUUUCCCAGGGGGCCAAGAGGGUGUUUGGGAUAUCCAAGCAGGUGAGACCAACCAGAUGGUCCACAUGAACAUCCUCAUCACCUGUGUAUUUGCUGCCUUCCUCAUGGGUGCACUCCUGGCUGGUCUCAUUGUUUUCUGCUACCGAGACUCAUUCCUCCGAAAGCCAAGACAUGUCCACAAGGAUGCAGAGUCUGCACCGUCCUGUUCUGACUCUACUGGAAGCUUUGUCAAGCUAAACGGCCUCUUUGACAGCCCUGUUAAGGAGUACCAGACCAACAUUGAUUCUCCAAAGCUGUACACCAAUCUGCUGAGCAACAGUAAAGACCUGAACACACCAAAUGGGGAUACCAAGACCAUGAUCUUACGGGACGGAUGUCAGCCCCCUGAGCUUGCUGCCCUACCUACACCCGAGUCGACUCCUGUGCUCCAGCAGAAAGGACUACAGCCAAUCAAAAACCAGUGGGAGAGAGCUCACGGGAAGGUCGGUGGACCACGGAAGGAGUCCAACUCAGCAAAGAGUCCUCAGUUCCUUUCGUCUCCAGUUCCCCCCAACUCCAACCCCCACCAUCCCCAUCUGGCCCUAGGACACUCCCACAUCCCCAGUGCGGUUGUCCUGCCCAACGCCACGCAUGACCACCCUGACUUUGAUGAUAUGGAUGAUACACUGCCACAUUCAUCUGACAAGAAGUUAAAGAACCCGGAUUCUAAGGGAAGUAGGAAAGAGCAGAAGAGAUCUGUGGAUGCAAGGAAUACCCUAAAUGAUCUUUUAAAACACCUCAAUGACUCUGUGGCCAACCCAAAGGCCAUUCUUCAGGAGGGAUCAGGGCCCCGCCCAAGACAGCACCUCACACUGGAGCCCAUGGAGGAACUAACUGAAAUGCCCCCUAAGGUGCCCAGCCGUGAGGCUUCUCUUUACUCCCCUUCCUCCUCCCUGCCGAGGCACAGCCCCACCAAGAGGGUUGAUGUUCCUCUACCCUCCACUCCCACCACGCCAACAGGCAGCUUAAGCAUGGGAGGGACAUUGGAGAGGCAUAGAGGGGGGUAUCAACUUCAACGGAGUGCUUCUCAUAGGCAGUCCUUAUCCACCUCCCCAAACGGGGUAACAAUGGGGGUGUCUGUGUCUCGCCAGCACAGUAUGAACAGAGGGGGUUACAUGCCUCCAACGCCGCCCUCCAGACUUGACUCUCAUGGCGGAAUGAUGGGGGCAGGAAUGCACUCCGCCCACCCCUCCUCUGUAUCCCGACAGGGCAGCUACAACGGGCAUUGCUCACUCCCUCGCACGGGGGUUAAACGGACCCCAUCGCUAAAGCCAGAUGUGCCCCCUAAACCCAAUGGGUUUUCCCCACAGACUCCACAGAUGCGAGUGGUCAACAAGUACAGUUAUUAGAGGAACAUGGACUCUUCUGAUGAGCUUUGAGCCCCUAGUGCUUGGGGGGGCUACAGUUGGGGUAGGGCCUGAUGUGUGUUUGUGUAUUGAUUUGAGGUGUGUUCCCCCUUUAAAUGAUAUGCACAUUCACUUAAACUAAAAAGGGAAAAUCACACAUGUGGCCAAAGAUACUCCUUGGAGCUGUUUUGCUCCUCAUGUCCCCAUGUCCCUCCCUUGUCACGGUAGCCAUGGGAUAUGAACAGUGGUACAUCUGCUUGUCCACGUUGUAUCCAGGCUCGGUGAUACCCGUUCCAACACUAGGUACGAGGUUUAGGACACUGAGCCCGGGCUGCUAUGGCGCCUGUGCGUGCUGUACGAUGGUCAAAAUAGUGGAAUACUUGAAGAAUGGGUCUCGUUUGUCACUGCCCUUGAGCACUGUCUUCCCACUAAUGUGAACUGAAUAAAAAGGAGAGGUAGGCCAGGCCUAUGUUAGCAAGAUGGCUGGGGGCAGCAGAGAGGGAACUCAAAAAUCAUAGUGUGCAUGUUGCUUUAGAGACAUGACUGUGGACAGGUGAAUCAAGUAUGAGCGGACAGAGUGAGUGCAAAUGUUUGUGUCUGGAAUGCAGGUUUGUGUUAAGGCAAUACACUCAUAAGGCCUUCAAAUUUAGUUAUCAAGGACGGUAUCACAUGCCAGAGGAUGCACCUAAAGGCCUGUCUAAGACCUAAGUCACUGUUUCCCAUAUAAACAUUAUUAUCUAACUUUGCUGUUUGAAUCUACCUGAAUGGGCCUAAAACGUGUUGUUAUGACUCUGAUGUGCUUUUAUGAAAAGGUUAGGCUAAAGUGAGGUCAUGCUGGGGGUAAAAUAGGACAGGGACUCUCUGUCUCACUGGGAAAUUUAACAUAGUACAUUUGCUGCUAUUGGUUUUAGACAUCGCUGAUGGGUUUUCUUCUCUGCCUGUUGUCCUUGAUAUGGGUGUGCACUUCUGCUUGUGUGCAUGGGUGAGUGAGUGUGGUACAAUGCAAACAGAGGCCAAGAUGUUCAAUUUCAGCAACCAAACACACUGUUAAGACUGAAAUACGGGGGAAAAUACUUUUCUCCAGGACUGAAACCUCCUUUAACCUCUACUGCCCCAUUGUAGGAGUUUACGCUGGUGGUUCAAGAGACUUCUUUCUUAAUGUAGCAAUGGUAUUAAGUAAAAAAUAUACAUUUCAUCUCAUUCUAUAAAUGAAUUUUGAACAAAUGAUUUGCCUUUAUAAUGUUUUACUGUGUUAUUUAAAGAAUUUUCAUAUGAAACUGAAGCAACACCAAUGGUUUAGCCCAUUUAAAGGAACUCGACAUUUCAGGGCACUUCUGUUUAACUUGUGUGUACCCUCAUAGAAGUAAAUUUCCUCCUGCAUUAAUCCUCUUAAAGGUAUAUCCAACUGACCCCAGAAAUAAAAAUGUGGAUGUAACACAUCUGUCUUCUGCAGCCCCUGCUUCCUGUGCAGCUUCCCUGUGAGUGGCCAGUGUACAAUCAACACAACGAUUACCAAUGUGUCCAAAUGAGUCAUGCUGGCAAUGACAAGAUCCUGUAUAUAAUUAAAUACUAUAAAUAAGGAGUAUGAAUAUUUUUAGGCAAGUGAACCUGAAUCUGUGCAUUGUGUGCCUUAUUCACAAAAUGAACUAGUACAUUAUAUAUUGGCAAUGUCAAUUGGUCCUCUGUAUGUUAUCGUCAUAUACUAUAUACACAUUUUUUAUAUGAGAAAAUUCAAAAAUCAGCAGGAUGUGUUGAAAAAUCACUACCUAAUUCAAACUGAAGGGAUGUGGAUGAAGCAGACAAACAUUCCACUCAUGAAUUUUACACAAGGAUAGUCAACAUCGUCAUUUUGGAAUCAGUUUUUCUCCUUUACUGUUUGUGUUGAACGGAAAGGUGUCAAACCACCACAAAGAGGUGCCAUGCAGUGAAUGUAUUUUCUUGACAGUGGGAUGUAGGGUGGUUAGACCUUGUACUGUGGAGCAGUCGGCUCAAUGCAGCACAUCCUGCCCACAGCCAAUGUAUUAACACAGUGUUCAUGUGAAAGCCGUCUGUUGGCACGGACGGCGUCACGCAGAAUCUGUAAUUCCACGGGAUUGCAGCGACAGGAAUUCUUUCUAUUGGCCAGUAGAAACGCUUGAGGGAUCACAUCUCUUAGCAUUGGGGUUAUAAUAUGGGAGACAUCUGCAAUCCUAUCCGAGUGUCAGUUGCCUGUUUAGCCCAAAGCCACAUUUUGUUUACAAGUGAUGAUUGUAUGUAAAGAUUCUGCCUGUCAUCUAACCAGUGUUUGGGCUCUCUUUUCUACUCAACGACACAUGCACACUGACAUCACAAACAUGACACACUGCUCAACUGCCUUGUACAUUGCAAUAUGAACUGGGUCUUUCUGUUGCAAUCUAAAUUGAAGCCUUUAUAUUUCAGUCCGAGCUCGGUGUGUGUGCAGAUGAACCGGAUUUCGUCAUGUAAUUUUUGAUUUAAAUACUGUGCAACAUGGCGAUGCAAGGCCAGCUGUAUAUAUGAUCUUCAGAGUAUUUGAGCGUGUAGAUAUGUUGUAAAGUUGUACUGUGAAUGUGUAAAUAAUAAUGAUGGUCUUUGUUUCAUGAUAUUUUUUGUUGAUUUUUUUAACACGGCAUGUAUAGUUGAAAUAAAACAUUA